CCUCUAUGUACCAACCUACUUCCGCGUUGAAACAUGGCGACUUGCAUUGGCAUUGCUGUUCGGCUUGGCACAUUGAAUGUCUUAAAACCUGUUUCAAGACACUUUACAAGGCAGGGGACAAACGUAUUUACCCCCAGCCGCUCCACACAUGAGGUGCGAAGUAGUCUGUACGAACAUGUCCGCGAUGGCUACAGUGACAAGCCAGACUUGGACAUGCGACUUGUGUGCGAGGAGACUGACAAAGUCAUUGCCAAUGUGGAGACUCGGAAAGGGGACCUACGGGGAGCAGAUGUCAGGGAGAUCGUGUGUGUUUGGCAGCAACUUGAGGCAGUGCGAAAGGAAAUCUCACAGCUGGAGAAGCAGAAGAAAGUGAUCAGUCAUAGAGUUCGGGCUCUUGUGGAUCAGAAUGACAAGAAAGCCCUAUCUAAUAUUCCUGAGUUCAAGGAGGCUACGAAGGAGGGUCGGGAGAUCCGCUACCGGCUGAGCCAGCUUCACCCCGGAGAACACUAUGGCUGAGCCCUGAGGCUGCCCAACACCACACACCUCGAUCCAAUUGGAGAUUAGAGUCUGGCGAGAGUAUAUUUGAUAUGCAGUUGUCUCUGACCUUUUUCAUCAGAGUUUGACUUCAAACCCAGGAGACACCUAGAGAUCGGGGAGGAGCUUGGUCUUAUCAGACAGAGGCGUCUUGCCCAUGUCUCAGGUCAUAGGUCAUACUAUCUAAGGGGAGCGGGGGCCAGACUCCAGUCUGCUCUACAGAACUUCGCCCUGGAAACACUGCAGCAGCGGGGGUUUAUACCUAUGGUUGUGCCAGACAUGCUGAAGGGGGCUGUAUUUGAGGGUUGUGGAAUGCAGCCCCAUGCCCACAGGUCUCAGGUGUACUCUCUGGACCCCGCCUGCUUCCCUGACCUCAACCUGGCUGGCACAGGGGAGGUGGGCAUAGCAGGUUAUUUUAUGGACCAUGCUGUUAACUGGAAGGACCUUCCUGUCAGGUCUGUGUGCAGUAGCACAUGUUACAGGGCUGAGACGGACACAGGCAGAGAGACUUGGGGCCUUUACAGAGUACAUCACUUCAACAAGGUGGAGAUGUUUGGUGUGACUGCAGAUGAGACUGGGGAGGAGAGCUCUCAGAUGCUGGAGGAGUUCCUGUCCCUGCAGAAGGAGAUCUUCUCCUCCCUGGAGCUCCACUAUAGAGUACUGGACAUGCCCACCCAGGAGCUAGGUCGCCCAGCACACAGGAAGUACGACAUUGAGGCCUGGAUGCCAGGGAGGGACAGCUAUGGCGAGAUCUCCAGCGGGUCUAACUGUACAGACUACCAAAGCAGACGCCUCAAUAUCCUAUAUGAGGGGGAGGAUGGUAGCCUACACUACGCUCAUACGGUGAAUGCCACAGCGUGUGCUAUUCCCCGUACUAUCAUUGCUAUACUGGAGACUCAUCAGACCAAGGAAGGGACGGUGUUAGUGCCUCGUGCCUUGCAGCCCUUCCUGGGGUUGGAGGUGAUUGAAAAGCCCAAAUACAUUCCUUUGAAAUACAUCGGACCAAACCAGCCCAAUCGCAUGCCCCGCCCUGUCCCAAAGCCCAGAUGACAUCAUGCACCAACACACUUACAUCAGGAGAACUGAACCCUUUUCCAUCUGCGUGUUUACUUAUUCUGUGUUGCUCUGCCGUGUAAAUAUAUUCAUGUCAUACUGUUUGUGAAUGUGUGUCACGAUGACACUGUAUCAUAAACUGUCCUGUUCUUGUCUGCAAAAAAAUUAAACGGUAUUAAAUUAAACAAAAAUGUCAUUUUC